AGGGCAGGGCGGCCAUGAUUGAUGAUUGCCCUCCUCUAUAAGAAGCACUACAAAGCCACUAACUUUCCUCAACUCACUCCCACUCACCCAUCUUCAUCCUCUCAACAAACCCAAGAAGCUAAGCUCAAGCUCAAGCAACUCACUGAUGGAGGGCAAGGAGGAGGACGUGCGCCUGGGCGCGAACCGCUACUCGGAGCGCCAGCCCAUCGGCACCGCAGCCCAGGGCGGCGACGACAAGGACUACAAGGAGCCUCCCCCGGCGCCGCUUUUUGAGGCGUCGGAGCUCACCUCCUGGUCCUUCUACCGCGCCGGCAUCGCCGAGUUCCUGGCCACCUUCCUCUUCCUCUACAUCAGCGUGCUCACCGUGAUGGGAGUCGUCGGCAACCCGUCCGGGUCCAAGUGCGGCACGGUGGGCAUCCAGGGCAUCGCCUGGAGCUUCGGGGGAAUGAUCUUCGUGCUCGUGUACUGCACUGCCGGCAUCUCCGGCGGCCACAUCAACCCGGCCGUGACCUUCGGGCUGUUCUUGGCCAGGAAGCUGUCCUUGACGAGGGCGGUGUUCUACAUGGUGAUGCAGUGCUUGGGCGCGAUAUGCGGCGCCGGCGUGGUGAAGGGGUUCCAGACGACCUUGUACAUGGGCAACGGCGGCGGCGCCAACUCCGUCGCACCUGGGUACACCAAGGGGGACGGGCUCGGGGCGGAGAUCGUGGGCACGUUCGUGCUGGUUUACACUGUGUUCUCGGCCACCGAUGCCAAGCGCAGCGCCAGAGACUCCCACGUCCCCAUCCUUGCGCCGCUUCCGAUCGGGUUCGCCGUGUUCCUGGUGCACCUGGCGACCAUCCCCAUCACCGGCACCGGCAUCAACCCGGCCAGGUCCCUCGGCGCCGCCAUCAUCUACAACAAGAAGCAGUCAUGGGACGACCACUGGAUCUUCUGGGUUGGUCCCUUCAUCGGCGCGGCGCUGGCGGCCAUCUACCACGUGGUGGUGAUCAGGGCAAUCCCCUUCAAGAGCCGCGACUAGACAAUUAGUCGACCACGGGAAUCUUUGCUGUUCAUCAAGCAUCAGGUGGCGAUCGUUGGUGGUGCGUACAUGGAUCAUUUCGCACGCUAUAAUUAUCUAUCUACCGUGUCGUACUGUUCGUGAGCGUGUGCGUGCCAGUCAUCAAAAUCUGCGAGUUUCAGUACUUGUGUUUCCUUCCCUUCAAUUUGUACUGUACUGUACUUUUACGGAAUUAAGCAUGCAAAUGUAAAUUAAGAAGGAACGAUCGAGUUAGCGAUCUUCAAGUGAAGUGCUAGUACUGCGCAUGAGAAUAAAAAAUUUAUGAUCGUGGAUCACUCUUCAGACGCGUCA